UUGUUGAAUUUUUAUCUUUUACCUUUAUUUAAGAACUGAUAUGUCGGAUUGUUUGUAUUUAAAUAAAGAGGGAAAUAAAGCAUAAAAAGAGGCUCAGGACCGUCAAAGACCCGGGUAGUGCAGAACCGUGUCAUUAGUUCCUACCCGGACAGGAUUGCGGACACACCGUUGCUAUUGGAUGCAGCAGCAGCUUCAGAUGCUAACGAUGCUAGCAGCGGGUAAUCUGUCAGAGGAAAGAGAAGAAAUGUCGUGAAGAACGUUGAGCUCUGAUGUUUUUAACGGUUCAGUAGUGACGUCAUAGCCCCGUUAAAAUUGAUCUGAGGAGCUAACGUAGCUAACACAGCUAACAGCAGGAUUAGCCGCCUUCAGAGUUAAUCUCAGCAGAGUGGAAGGUUAGCCACAGGCAGCUAAUAGCUGUUAGCUCCUCUGUCUGUGUGAACGGAAAGUCUCCGGUAAUUUAACAGCACUACCGAAAAAAAAAUAUCGUAUAAUCUACGGGAACCGGGAGGGACCAGAACCGGCUCGUCCUGAAGUUUAACUCGGACUAAAGCAACGUUCUGCUGAGGAUUCAGACUCACCAGGUGUUUGAACAUGACUGAGACAGACCUGGACCUGAGCUGGUCCAGACCGGGCUGGAACGUUUCCCUCUUCACCUGUCUGGUUUAUGGAGCGCUGACACCAACAUGUCAGACUGUGAUCCACCGGCUAUAAAGGAACCUGGUCCUGGUUCUCCUGGUCCUGGUCGCCCCCCCCUGGCAGAAAAGGCUUUGUCGGAGUCUUAUGCCCAGCUGCGGUACCGGGACACGUCCCUGCUGAUCUGGCAGCAGCAGCAGCAGGAGCUGCAGGUGGCCCCCCCCUCCACGUUCCUGAACCGCAGCCAGUCCACCUGGUACAGCAGCUACGGAAACCAGGCCGUGCUAGUCCGGGACAAGAGGGGCCUGGAGGAUGCUGAAGGCCGGUCCAGGAUCUGCAGUGUCAUGUAGAGUGGGAACAGAGACCCAGACCACAACAGACCUGUUUAAACACUGAGAUUCAGACUGAACUUUAGAGCAGCGGUUCCCCACCCUGUGGUCCGGGGCCCUCUGGUGGUCUGUGAGGGUCCUGCAAGUGGGCCAACAGAUCAUUGACAGAACGGAACAAAUUGGUGAAACGAUGUAAUUAUAAAACAAUGUGUACAUAUAUAAAUAAUGUUUCUAAAAGUCUUCCAACAAAAUGAUCUUAAAAAUCUUCUUUCAUUGUUUUUAUUUCUCGUAUUAAAGCUGCGAUCAGUCAAUGAAGAUGCCGGGCGUACGUUCGACCAUCAUCAUUAAAAUAAAAUGUGCUCUGAGCGUCAGUUGUCCCCCGGAGUGUUACAGGGAGGUUUCCUGAUAAACAAACUCCGAUCUGGUUCUUUGUUGUUGAAACAUCUGACCAGUUUGAAACAGAUGUUCUUUUCACUUGAUUUUCUUUUUCAAUCACAGACCAGAAACUGUUUCACAGAUUAGAGUAACAUUCAUAUGAAAUCUGUUUUAACAGAAGGUGUUUCUUCUUCAUGACCUUGUGAAGUGUUGGGAGCCGCUGAUAAUAUCCAUCCUCUUCACCUUUGUACACAUGCACACGCUCACCUGUUAGAUGAUCAGCUGAGGGAUUUACUUAAGGGUGUUGCACAGAAUCUCUUAAAAAGGAAAAACUUUAAGGCAUUUGCAGCAGUGAAAGAUUUUACAGCAGGAAAAUUUUGUUCCCAUGGAGACCAGCUUGUGAUAGCGAUGAAUAUCUCACCUGUCUCGUCUCACAAAAGGAAAGCAAACAGGUCAGUGGAGGAAGAGACGAAAACACAUCAUAAAAAUAAAUGAUAAAUUUGAUCCACAAAUAACAUCCAACAGACACUCACACAGCUGAUCGAUCGACAGUUAGUACUUCACCAAUAAUCAACUGGAAAGAUCCUGAUCCUCCAGAUCUAUAGAAGUAAAUAAAUAAAUCAAUUCCUCUGGUUGAAGCUC